CCUGCCAGGAGGGGGAGAGAAUGUCUAUAAGACUCAGUGAAGAGAAGAGAACAGAGUAAAAGGAGAAGCAGGACUGAGAAAUGAUGGUGCAGGGGGUGUUGCUUUUUCCUUAUCCAUGACCUCAGAUAUGUAACAAAACUGACCGAGCUAAUCAAGAUCAAAUCCUCACCUGAUGCUGUUGGAGAAGAGGAGUCUGAAGAGUUUGCGGGCUUCUUCCCAGACUUUGUGUGGACAGUGUGGGAUUUCUCCCCAGCACUGAUGUUACUUGGAUACCACAGACACUCAGAUCAGCAACUGGAAAAUGCCUUGAUGAUUCGCAAGAGCCUUGGAGUUGAAAUGGGCAAUCUUUCACGAGAGUGCAUCAGAAAAUUCUUUCCAAAACGGAAGUGUUUUGCUUUUGAUCGUCCAAGAAAUGAUAAGUCACCCUUAGCCUAUUUUGAAGACUCCCCAGACCUAAAACUGGGGCCUUCGCUCAGGAAGCAGACAGACAGCUUUUGUUCUUACAUCUUUUCCAGUGCAAAACCCAAGACCCUUAGUGGGGGUAUCAUGAUCAAUGGAAGACGGUUGGGAAAGCUGCUGGAGACCUAUGUGAGGGCAAUCUCCAGUGGUGACGUUCCCUGCCUGGAGAAUGCAGUGAUGUCUUUGGCUCAGACUGAGAACCCAGCUGCUGUACAAAAAGCUGCACAGCAUUAUGUGGAGCAGAUGGCCCUGAAGGUGGACUUCCCCACAGAAACUCUCCAGGACCUACUAAGCAUACAUACAGAGUGUGAGAAGGAAGCCCUCUCAAUUUUCAUGAAGUAUUCUUUCAAGGAUAAGAACCAGAAGUACCAGAAAGACCUGCUGCAAAUCUUAGAAACCAAGAAGGAUGGUUUCAUACAUCAAAAUGAAGAAACAUCAACCAAAUAUUGUCAAACUCAGCUUGAGCAGCUCUCACAGUCCCUGAGAGAAGCCAUUUCUAAAGGCACCUUCUCUGUGCCAGGGGGUUACAAUCUUUUCAGGAAAGAAAAAGAAGAAAUAAUAAACAAUUAUCAUCAAAUGCCCAGGAAAGGACUUAAGGCAGAUGAGGUCCUCCAAAAGUUUCUACAGUCAUUGGCAGUGACAGAAGAUUCGAUCCUGCAGACAGAUCAAGCUCUCACUGAACAAGAGAAGGCCUUGCAAGUUGAACAGAUCAAAAGAGAAGCAGCUGAGAAAGAAAAGAAGCUGUUGAAACAGCAACAAGUUGAAAUGCAACAAAAGAUGGAAGCUCAGCAGAGAAGUUUUGAAGAAAACAUGAACCUAUUAAAAAGGAAGAUUGUGGAAGAUAGAUACAAGAUCCUGGAAGAAAAGAAAUUGAUUCUGGACUCUAAACUGAAGGAACAAGAGAAGCUGAUAAAGGAAGGUUUACAAAAGAAAGCUGAAGAGAUGAACAAAACAAUUGAAGUCCUACAAGCAAAGAUUAAGGAUAUUGAGAAUCAAAAUUCCAGCUGGCUGCCCAUGCUUUUAGAUACAGCUGGCACUAUAAUGAUGGUCAUGUUACCUGGUGAAGGAAAAAUCGCUGGCCUGCGGUUAAAGGCAUUAGCCACUUCUUUGUCCAAAUAGGUUUCAGUUUCCCCCCAAAAUUAUCAAGUAAUGCUAUCCCACCUAAAAAAAAAUAUGGAGUUAAGAUCUCCUUGUGUAUGAAUGUGAGGCUUUUGGAGAAUCCUGCUCCUUCAUACUUAGGCGUGGUCCUUAACACACAGGCUAUGUGGCAUAUCUCAGAGAGAGCAAAGCCUCAUUAUCCCUAACAGGGCAAUACUUAAAGUUAGGAGGACCUGAGUUCAAAUCUGAAAUUAGCCAAUUUUAGGCCUACUUCUAGGAACUUAAGCAAGUCAUUGAAAGUCUUGUGUUUUAGAUUUCUCAUCAUAAAAUGGGUUUUAUUUUCCUGAGGAUAAAGAGCAAAGUUAUUUUGAAACCAUAAUAUGCUACAAAAUGUUAACUAUUAAUUUUAUGAAAUGCUUUACUCUAGAGAUCUGCCCAAACUCACACUGAAGAAGUGACUUACACCAAGAACUUUUGACUGCAAAUAUGUUCUGACCACUACAGAGGUCAACCCUCUUCAGAGAACACACAGAAAUUUGCCUUGUGAUACUUAAGAUUUUUAAAAGUCCAAGUUGAGUAGUUCCUGAUUUCAAAAUCCCCACUUGUACUUUCAAGUUAUCAAUAGAAAGUGUUUUGGGUUUAAAAUGGGGAAGAUUGAUAAUCAGUACCUUGCAUGUUUAGCUUUAUAAUCACUUAUCAGCUGUCAGUUAUUUUAAUUGUAUAAAAAGUAACUCUGUGACUUAUUAGAAGAAUAUAGACCCAGUGAAAAUCUGUAUGUAACCAAAGUAUGAGGUAGUGCCAGGGAUAUUCUCGUGUUAGUGGUAAGAAGUAUAACUCUAAUCAUUAUAAAGCAUAUAGCCAUAUUAAUCAUUUUUAUCACGAAAUGUAAUGAGCUCUUGAGCUUAUGUUGGAAAAGGGUCCUGUGUGAGCCAAAAUCCUGCUUCAUUAAGUAGUGCACUGAGUAUAACAUAACUAAUCAGAUUGCAGUUUGUGUAAAUCAAGAGAACUAUAAAUAACUGUGACACUUGUAUAUCAGGAUCUCAGAUCAUUCUGGGAAGACUCUAGACUCUACCUUUGUUUCUCUUAAAGGGUGGUUUCUUUGCCCAGAAACACUUCUCAGUUUUUUUUUUCCUUACAAUUUUUGUCACAGAUCAGAGCUCAAAUGACAAUCCUGAUAUUUCCUUCCUAUGUGACUAAACUUGGAUAAGUCCCUUAACUUUCCCCAGGCUCAGUUUUCUCCUCUGUGAAAUAAACAGGCUGAGCUAGAUGAUCUCUUGUGACCCUUCUGGAUCGAAAACUUAUUUCUUUUUGGGUGAUGUUACAUAGGAAUCCCAGGAAUCCUGUCUCUACUGUUAUCGAGAAGAUGUUCAAUAUAUUGAAUUUCCUAGUCCAAUAAAUUGACUUUGCAAGUUGUGCCCUUAGAA